AUGGGUGAUGCACAACCAGAGGCGAGCGCUUUAUUCUACGACUCCGAUGCAUCAAAUCAUGUGCGAAAUCCGCAAAAAGAUCCACUGCAGAACAUGCCACUAGCAGAACGUUGGCGACAAUGGGUGCGACGACAAGAUACCGAAACAGACGACGAUAAUAUUAAUACGUCAACGGAAGAAAGACCAGAGACUCGUGAGAGUACAAGAGAAGAAGAAACAACAACCGAGGAUGAGGCUACGACUACAGAAGAAAGAUCGUCAACAACAGACCAACCGUCAUCAACCACUGAAGAAUCCACGACAGAAGCAUCAUCCACCGAUGAAUCCACCUCAGCUUCAACAGCUUCAUCCACCGAAACAACAAGCGACCCAACCACUACUCGCAGCAGCUUCACAUCCAUAGAACAAGGCGCAUCAUGCUACAGCACUCAUACUACAACCAGUGUAGUAUGUCACAUCACCACAGCCGGCCGUACAGAAAGCCAUUCAUGCAUCACCAACACGAUGACAUCCAGUACAUGCGCUCCAGGCCUCUUCUGCGAGAUCCAUCCCGAUUCUGGCGCGACGGUAUGCAUGGAACAGCACAAUGAGAUUGGUACGGAGGGAAUUGUUGUGGCGUCGAUUUUCGCAGCCGCCAUCGCGGGCUGCAUGGCUGUUCUGGUCGGGAUGUGUAUAAGGGACAAGCGUGCGCAAAAGAAGUUUGAGAAUUUGAAGAGGGUCAAGACUUUGAGGACUGCGAAGAGGGAGGAGCAGGCCAAUCUUAUGGCUGGAGGUCAUAUUUGA